GCGGAAGUUGACAUUUGAAUGAAAAAUAUCAAAACAAUUCAUAAAGUAGAUAUUUUGGGUAUCGUUACGCCCCCUUUUUUGGCCAACUUACUGAUUAAAAAAAUUUUUAUUUGUAAAAAAAUUUAAUGUGAUGGAGACUGACCAAACCCUAAUUAAUCAAGAUGAUAAAAAGUGGGAUCGCCCAUGGACAACUGAUGAAAUUCGUAAAAAUAGUGGAAAUUGGACCUUAGCCGGUGAUGUUGGGCUGUACAAUUUACUUAAUGAAAUUUCUCAAAACAUCAUAUCUCGCACCCAUGAAGUUGAAAAUGCUGUGGAUUCUUUGGUUUAUCGAACAAAGAUGGCUAAUGCCAAAAUUUGUAACAUAAUAAAUGACUUUCAUAUGUUAUCCAAUCUUCAGUUUGUAGAAAAUAGAGUAUAUGAUGAAGAAAUUCAAGAAACAGUUCCAGAACCAAAGCCGGUUGAAAAAACAAAAGAGCAGAAAGAAGCUGAAAUGCUUCCAAAAAUAAAGAAAGCUGUAGAAUUAGGCCUUGAAGUUUUAGAUAAAGCUUUUACUAAAAUCCAUGUGGAUGAAAUUUCCGAUAGUGAAGAUGAAGAUAUAUCAUCCGAUGGACGAACAAUUCUUGAACCAAAGGAUCCUUAUGCAAGUCGCCCUUUGCCUUUUAUUAUUGGUUCGGAAGAAUUUAAUAAUAAUGAUUAUGCUGGUUUACAAGACCUACUUGAAGAAGAUGUUGAAUAUUCAGUUGAGGUGGAAAGCAGUAUUUCUGAAUCUGAGGAAACAACUACAGAUGAGGAGGAGCCUUUGCCAUUAGAUGAAGACAAAUUUACUGGAAUGCCUAGUCAAAGGAUGCGGCCUCAAAGUGAAAGUGAUAAAUAUUCUUCCAGUGAAGAAUCAGAUUUAUUUGGAUCUGAAAAAGCAGAGAAUGGUUUCAUUUCGGAUUCCUCUUUUGACAACAAAGCUAAAACCACUAAAAGCACAGAAGAGCUUAAUGAAGAGGCAAAAGUGGAGAGAAAAGAGUCUAAAAGUUUUCAGCCAACCAAUUUACCUCAAGUAUUACCAGUUCCUAAAAUGCAAGAAAAGAAAAAGGUUAGUGAAGAUCUUUUUGCAACUGAUGAACCAUCAGAUGAUGAAUCUCCUUUCAGAAAAAAGACUGGAUUAUUUACAUCUGGUUUGAAAUUUGAUGAUGAUGAAAAGGAUAUGUUUUCGGACGAUUUGUUUGGAGAAAAACCAAAAGAAACUAAAAAAGUGUCUGAAAGCCCUAAGCCUUCUCCUACAACAAAAAUUAAUAAAGCAACUGUUCAGAAAGAUAAAGAGGAGCCUGUUCUGUUUGGCAAUGAUGAAGACAGUGAUGAUGAUAUUUUCAAUACUCUCAUGAAAACAAAAACACCUUCAACUGUAAAAGAAAGUAAGACAAAUAAGCAGAGCCCAUCAGACAAGGCAGAUAGCUCAUCUACUCCUUCAUCAGCUCCAUCUACUAAACCUUCAGGGAAUGCUUUUGAUUUUAUGGGUGGAGGAGGGAAUUCUGAUUCCUUAUUUGGUGAUGAAUCAGAUGCUGAUGAUUUGUUUACAACCAAAAAAAGUAGUGCAAAGAAAUUUGAUUUUGAAGCAUCUCAAGAUGAUGAUGACGAUUUGUUUGGCUUAAGUGGUGGCAAAGCUUCCAAGAAAAUUGAGGCAGCUGAAUCAAAAAAAUUAGAAGAGACAAAGCCAUCAUUAUUUGAAGAAAGUGAUGAAAUAGAUAAGCCGUACAAGAAAAUGGGCACACCUUUGCCUGGUUUGGUACCCUCAAAGCCAAAAGAAACAAAACCUGAAGAGAUUUCGAAACCUCAGAGUUCUUAUAAGAAAAUUGGCCAGCCAUUACCUGGUCUUGUUCCCAGGAAGUCAGAUAGUCUCUUUGAAGAUAAAGAUAGCUCUUCACAGAAAUCAUCACCAGCCAUUUCUACCAAAAAAGUGAAAGAUUCCAUCUUUGAUGAUAGUGAUAGUUCUGGUCAAGAAGACAAACCUCUAGUAGUCCCUGUUAAACAAUCCAUACCAAAAAAGAAAGAAAUCAGUCUUUUUGAUGAUGAACCUGAUGAUGAUGAUAUUUUCAGCCAGGUGCCUAAAAAACUCAUGUCUCCUGGAGAAUCGCCUUCAUUAAUGAAUAAAUCGGGCAAAUCUCAGUUCAGCAAGCUACAUAGUGAAGAUAAACCUGAAAAGAAAGAAAAGGCUCCAAGUCUUUUUGAAGAUGAUGAAGAUAUUUUCAAGCAGGAAAUUAAAAGCAAACCUGCUCCUGCUGUUAGUAAAACAAAAGAUCUCUCACUGUUCGAAGAUAGUGAUAACUUUGAUCUUUUUAGUCCAAAAACUGAAGUCCAAAAGCGAACUGAACCAGUAUCGGUAAAGGAAAGCUUAAAAGAUGACCUCUUUAAAUCAUCAGAUGAAACCGACAGUUCUGCUAAACCUAAAUCAAUACCACAACCUGUUAAAGAUAAUAUAUUUGCUGAUGUUUUAAGCAGUGAUGAAGGCAUAUCUGCAACCAAACCUGAGGUGAAAUCAGUGCCUCUAUCUGCUGAAACAGUGGCAUCUGAAGGCUCUUUCUUUGGCUUUGAUGCACCCCCAGACAGUACUAAAACACUCCAUGUCAUAAGUAAGGAUAGAGCAAGAGUGAAUACAAAACGACGAAGACCCACUAAAAAAGGUCGAAUAGCUGCUUUAGAACAGAGUGAAAAAGAAAUGACCCCUGAAGCUUCAUCACCUCCCUCUACUUCAGCCAGCAGUGCCCCUGAUGAGGAUUUAUUCUCAGAUGUUCAAAACCCACCAACCCCUGCUACUCAGUCGCCUUCAACUUACAAAGCGCAAGAAAAGAAGAAAAUGAAUUUAAUGUCCCAGCUGAUGAGCGAAGCAGCUGCAACAAAAAUUGGUAAAAAAGUUGCUGCGCCAGUCGUGGAAGAAGAUGAAGAUGACAUUGAUAUUUUUGCGGAAGCUCUCAAUAAAGAUAGGACUAAAAGCAGAGGUUUUUCGUUUAACUCGCCGAUUGAGAGUGUUCCAGCACCUGCUGCGAAAUCAGAGGAAAAGAAAGAAGAAAGGAAAUCAUCAGUUGAUAUACUGAACUCGGAAGAUGCAGAUAAUGACGAUUUUUUUACCGAACCAUCAUUUAAAAACUUUCGAAGCAGCAUUUCACAUAAAAAUUCUAUUUUGGGUGAUGACGACGAUGAAGAUGAUCUUUUCAGUACAGUAAAAACCAGUCCUCUUCAAAAAGCCAAAGAAUCGACUGAACCUGACAUAUUUGCAGACGACACUGAUAUUUUUGCUGAUAUUGCGAAAGAAAAAUACGAAAUGUUUCCUAGCAACGUUUACGAUGAUGAUGGUGAUGAUAUUUUUAGUAUUACUGAUCCAUUAUCAAGUGAUAAAACUAUUAGUUCUUCCAGCAAACCUUCAAGCACUGCAGUCAAGAAGGAAGCAGAAAAGAAACCUGUUGAUCUCUUUGAUGAUCCAUUAUCAGGACUUCUCGGUGAUGAUUAAUUUGAAGGAAUAACUAGGCUUUUUUAUUUUAAUUUUUUCAUAAGGCCCACAAUAAUUAUGAUAGUAAUAAAAUAACAUUUGUCAUUUAGAUAUUUUAUUCAUAAAGUGCAAAUCAACUUACAAAAAUAUAUUAAUGAAAUAAAUGCAAAUCUAAAUCGCUUGAAUUUAUGAUUAUUUUACUUGAUAGUGGAAUCAUUAAUAGAAUAUUAACGCGAAUAUGUUAAUUUUUUUUGUAUAUUUUAAAGCUUUUUGGUAAUUUUCUGUAAAUUUAAAUUUGUUUCUAAUUCAAUUUGUAUCAGCUGUUGUUUUUUAUAUUAAAACUUUUAAGUAUUAAAAAAUAUCUUCAUUCAAAUUAUUUAUUAAUUAGAUUUAUUAAAAAGUAAAAAAUAUUUUAUACUAAUAUGGCUAGUUUCAAAAAUAGUAUUGAAAAA